AUGUCUGCUGCCGUCGAGAAGGUUUCCGAAGCCGUCAAUGACGUUACCAAUGCUCUGAGCAAUGCCACUAUCUCCGACAAGGCCGCCGAUAAGCCUGCCGCCAACAACGAUGCCGUCCUCGCCAGCGCUGCUGAGGGACGCCGUCUGUACAUCGGCAACCUGGCCUACGCGACAACGGAGGGGGAGUUGAAGGAGUUCUUCAAGGGUUACCUUGUCGAGUCCGUCUCCAUUCCCAAGAACCCUCGCACCGACCGACCUGUUGGCUACGCCUUUGUCGACCUCUCCACCCCUUCUGAGGCUGAGCGCGCCAUCUCUGAGCUUUCAGGCAAGGAGAUUCUCGAGCGUAAGGUCUCUGUUCAGCUUGCCCGCAAGCCUGAGCCCGCUGGAGAGAAGACUGAGGGUGCCAACGGUGAGGGUGCUGGUGAGGGUAACCGCCGCCGCGCCUCUGGUCGUGGCCGUGGACGUGGCCGCGGCCGUGGCGGUCGUGGAGCCCGCGGUGGCCGCAACGAGGAUGGCACUCCCAUCGAGGGUGCUGCCACCGAGGUUCCUGCCGGCGCUCCCGCUACCUCUGAGGUUCUGCCUCUGACCGAUGCCACCAACAAGGACGCCGCCAAGACCCAGAAGGCCGGCGAGUCCGCUGAGGCUCGUGCCCCCCGUGAGCGUCGCGAGCGUGGCCCUCCCGCCGACGGCAUUGCCUCCAAGACCAAGGUCAUGGUCGCCAACCUCCCCUACGACCUGACCGAGGAGAAGCUCAAGGAGCUCUUUGCCGCCUACGAGCCUUCUUCCGCCAAGAUCGCUCUCCGCCCCAUCCCCCGCUUCAUGAUCAAGAAGCUUCAGGCUCGCGGCGAGCCCCGCAAGGGACGUGGCUUCGGCUUCGUUACCCUCGCUUCUGAGGAGCUUCAGCAGAAGGCUGUUUCCGAGAUGAACGGCAAGGAGAUUGAGGGCCGCGAGAUCGCCGUCAAGGUCGCUAUCGAUAGCCCCGACAAGACCGACGAGGAGGCCAACGCCCCCAAGGAGGAGACCAAGGCCAACGGCACCCAGGAGGCUGCCACCGAGGCCACGGCUGCUCCUGCUGCUGCCGAGACCCCGGCCGCCGCUCCCGCCACCACCGCCUAA